GCUAGCGCGCUCGCCCGCCGUCCGCCUCAACGCCUCCGCGCUCUUACAACCGCUCUAUUCAUCAAUAAAAAGAUGCCUCCCUAAGUGUAAAUAAUCGUGUGUGUUGUCGUAACAUGUCAAUUUAGCUACGUUGUAAAGUUCCGUGCAAUACGCGCGAGAGUCCGUGAUUGUUAGCUGCCUGUAGUGUCUUCCUUCAUAGUUGUACAAGAUUGACUGUUUAAGAGCGCAGUUUGUUUUGAUGAGAAACGAUGAUGAACGAGUCCUAUAAUGCUGUAUAAAAGCAGUACAUAGGUCUAUUAUUCAAGCAAUAAUUCACAAAACUUAGGAACCCCGUAGGAAAAUAGACGCUAUAACAAGUGCUAAAGUUAAAUAUAUAGUCUAUAGAAAACUUUGAUACAAAAUCUUCCAUAUUUUAACUAGUGUUACCAAAGAAACGUUAAUUAUAAGCGAAAAUGUGGUGUGACUCUUAGUUGAUAUAGGUAAAAGUGCAAAAUGAUUCGUAAUAUUAAAAUCCGAAUUGCCCGGGCUCCAAGCUCGGAGGACAGUCAAAGACAAAAGCGGUUGGCAUAAUAAAAAAUAAUGUUAAUAAAAAAAUGCCGCAACGCGCGCCGACAUCGUCCAGCUUGAUGCGACCGUUCGUGGUGUUGGCCCUGCCCGGAAUGUAUUUGCUGUAUAAGUACAACCAGUACCGCCAGCAGCAAAUGGAGACCGCGCGGCGCCGAGUCACCGAGCGGGAGCUUAUGCACCUCAACACUAAAAUCGAUAAAUUGCUCAAUAAGCUGGAAGAAAACGAACCUGAGCUUGCCACUUCGCCCGAAGAAGAAUGUGUAAUAUGCGUGAACGCGAAAGCGACGAUGCAGACGUCGCCCUGUGGCCACCGCGUUGUAUGCCGACGCUGCUUCGUCAAGACCAUCCAGAUGGCCGUCAGCCAGCGCCUGCUGCCGCUACGGUGCGUCAUCUGCCGCGCCAAAAUCCUGCGACUGCGGCAGGCGCCACAACUUGUUACCAGCAAGAGCUGGCAGGUGUCGAGCAGCAGCGGCAGCGGCAAACCGUCAUGGGGGGUACCGGGCUCGGUAUCCAGCUACUCGGUGGGCGCGCGCUCCGUACCGGCCUCCGCCUCGCUAUACUCUGUUACUAGUGGAGAGUCUUCCCUCUCAGGAGUGUCUUCCGUCUCAUCUAAUAGCGGUGGCAAUGUGAGCAACGCCUGCUCGACGAAGCUAUGUGGUGGCGCUAAAUGCGGUGGCGCCUGUCUGGGCGCAGUGCCACGUGCCACCACAUCUGCGCCAUCGCGGCCUCGACAGCCCGCCUCCCAUGCGCUGCGGCGAAGCCAGCAUCAUAGCAUGAAGGCCCGGCUGCAAGAAUAUCAAGUACACAGUUACACCGGAGGGCCGGCGACGACAGCGGGCGAACCCUCCGGGCGGUUACCUCCAAUUCGGGAGUUCCAGAGGGAAUUCCGGGAGGGUCGGCGAGAAAGCGCCGCUGCGGCCUCCGCAUCCACUAGAAUAAGAUGUGCACAGAAAAUAGUGACGCAGCUAGAAACCUCACCGCAAAAGAAUAAACCGCAUUUCUUCCGGCCUCUAAAACCUUCGAACAAGGACGACUCACCCAAAUCCGGAGAUCAAAGCAAAGAGACUGAAAGGAAAAAAGAAAACCCCAAAGCUAAAUCAAAGAAAGAAGACAAGAAGAAGAAAGAUGACGAUACUAAACAAGAAGAAAAAAAUAAGAAGGAUGAGAGCAGCGACAACAAAAAGAAUGAGAACGCAGAAAGAAAGAAAGAGGAAAAGCUGAGACUCAAAGCGGAGAAGGAAGCCAAAAAAGAAGCAAAGCUUCUGGCUAAAGAGGAAGAAAGGCAAGCUAAGCUUCUUGCCAAGGAAGAAGAGCGACAAGCCAAACUGCUAGCGAAGGAAGAAAAGAAAAAGGCCAAAAAAGAAGCAAAGCUCGCAGCACAGGCAGAAAAGGAAAAGGAGAAAAAUAAAUAGAUAUAGGUACCAUUUAACUUUUACAUUGUAGGAACUCGUAGCCGUCUUUAGGUAUUAGAUUCGACAUUUGUUAUUAUUGACAAUUUUAAUAGCGUGUAAACAAAUCUACUGUCCAUCUAGUCAGUCCAACCUACCUUUCCGAUUACAAAUUACUAAUUAUUCCGUUUAGUUUUCCACUUCCGUGACAUUUCCAUUGUGUUGAAAAUUGAAAUUGUUUAGCUGCGUUUUUCCCUUUUCAAUUGUUAUUAAAUUUAGGGAUGUUGUAUAUAGUUUUAAAGUGAAACGUUAUUAUGAGAAGCAACCUAAAUAGUUGUGUGUAAUAAUUGGAACUCUACAAACUGCGAAGACUGAAAGAAGGGGAUAAUGAAACCAUAUCGUUUUGUAAUUUACUUACGUAACAGUGUAGUUAAGAGCUUCGUGCAUCCAGCACCGCCAAAGUAAUUAUUUUUGUAAGAUACUGAGUUAGUCGUAUUUCUGUUCUAGGCGAAGCUUUCAUACUACAUACUUAUAAGGAUUGUUUUCAUAACCAUUUGUGGGAGUACUUAUUGUUUAAGUACAGAAGUUUGCAAAAAUGAAAUGUUUGAUCGUGUAAUUUAUUUAAGGAAUUGAUUAUUUAGUUGUUUUAGGUUACAUUGUGAUUACAAUAAGCCUUGAAAUAAAUCAGAAAACUCUACAUCUAACAUUUUCAUUUCCAUAUAUCUGUAAAUCGUUCGUGUGAAACAAUGAUGGCGUAUAAAAACUCAAAUAUAGACGGAGGCAAAGUUAGUUUAUUUUUGUACAAAAUAUAUAUAGUUACGCAAAAAGAAAAAUUGUACUUACAUCGUCAGGAGUACACGUGCAAUCCAUCAAAAUUAUCUAAUAAAAAUAAUGUGUAGACACUUCCAAAUUGGUCAAUUAUGUUCAGAGUGUUCAAAGUAUAUCAACAUUUCAUAAAUAUCAACCACAUGGGAAAUAAAUUUAAGUUGUUCUUAGAUUUUAACUUCACAUGGUACCUAUUUAUCAAUUUUGCACUUUGGAUGUGUACUUACUUAACG